AUGGCCGACGCCGAGCAAGACCCUCAAUUAAGCAACGCCACAGGCCCCGCGGCGACGGCGGCAGCUGAGCAGCCCAAGCCUUUACCAAAGGGAAUGGUCUUGGGCCCAGAUGGCAAACCAUGUCGGUCUUGCUCAUCCAAGAGCGCUUUUUCGAGCUGGGCUUCUCAGAUGAAUGGCUCGGUCAAGAAAGCAACUCCGGUGGCCUCGGCACCUACCGACGACUGCCCCCCGGAUGUCGAGGCACUCGGACGAGGCACUUGGCAACUGCUACACUCGAUCGCCGCGACGUACCCCGAAAAGCCCUCUCCUAGCCAAAAAGACGACCUCCGAGGUUUCAUGAGACUAUUUUCCAAGCUUUACCCUUGCUGGGUGUGUGCCGAGGACUUCCAAUCGUACAUACAAAAGGAACAGAUUCGAGUGGAGGGGCGGAGCGAGUUUGGGAACUGGCUGUGCGAGGCGCACAACGAGGUCAAUCGGAAGCUAGGCAAAAAGGAGUUUGACUGCAGCAAAUGGGAAGAGCGAUGGCGGACGGGUUGGAAAGACGGCCGUUGCGAUUGA